GCAGCCAUGAACGGGUCCGUGGCAGCGGGCGGCGAGGCGGGCUGGCUGCCCGAGUCAGUGAUCAUCCCGCUGCUCUACCUCCUCAUCUUCCUGGUGGGCACAGUGGGGAACUGCCUGGUCCUGGCUGUCCUGCUGCGCAACGGGCAGGUCAACAACACCACCAACCUCUUCAUCCUCAACCUGGGGGUGGCUGACCUCUGCUUCAUCCUCUUCUGUGUCCCCUUCCAAGCCACCAUCUACACCCUGGAGGGCUGGGUGUUUGGGCCCUUCAUGUGCAAGGCUGUCCACUUCUUCAUCUACCUCACCAUGUACGCCAGCAGCUUCACCCUGGCCACCGUCUCUCUGGACAGGUAUUUGGCCAUACGCUACCCCCUGCACUCCAGAGAGCUGAGAACGCCCAGGAACGCCCUCAUGGCUAUUGGCUUCAUUUGGGCUCUUUCCUUCAUUUUCUCGGGCCCUUACCUCAGUUACUACAAGGAGUUUCAGAUGGCCAAUCUGACCGUCUGCCACCCCAUCUGGGAGAUUUCCCGGCGCAAAGUCAUGGACAUCUGCACGUUUGUCUUCAGCUACAUCAUCCCAGUCUUGAUCCUGAGCCUCACUUACAUGCGGACUAUCCACUACCUCUGGAGGUCAGUGGACCCCCUCCAAGACAUGUCAGAGUCCAAGAAAGCCAAGCGGAAGGUCACCAGGAUGAUCAUCAUUGUAGCCGUCCUGUUCUGCCUCUGUUGGUUGCCCCACCAUCUUGUCAUCCUCUGCGUCUGGUUUGGGUAUUUUCCCCUCAAUCACGUUACCUAUGUGCUCAGGAUCCUCUCCCAUUUAAUCUCCUACGCCAACUCCUGCGUUAACCCCAUCGUCUACGCCCUGGUCUCCAAACACUUCCGCAAGGGCUUCAAGAAGAUCUUCAUUUGCCUCUUGCGUAAGAAAGCAACCAACAAGGUGCACGUGGCACAAGUGACAAACACUGUCAGCACAAUAGAGGCAGAGCUCAGCGAGGUGACCCACAUCAGCGAAGUCCUGCCCGGCCGGUCCUCCACACGCUGUAAGGUCUCAUCCCAGCCCUGGGGGGAGGCAGAGCCAGUGGGACAUCAGCAGAAAGCAUCCGCCUCCUUCAUCACCUUCAACGUCACCUAA